GAUGCAUGCACUAUAUAUUGCAUCUACUCCAUCACAUGUUUGGUAGUCUCAGAUCUCUUCCCUUCUGCUUCCAUCCAUUGCUGAGAUCAAGAGAAAGGCUUAUGGACAAAAGUAUAGCGAGGGACAUUGAGCAUGGAGACCAUAAAAGACAAGGAACGGUGUGGACUGCCACGGCACACAUCGUCGCCGCGUUGAUCGGCUCCGGCGUGUUGGCGUUAGCAUGGAGUGUUGCUCAACUGGGAUGGGUUGUCGGCCCUCUCGUCCUCCUCGGCUUCUCCUGUAUCACCUACUACACCUCAGCCCUCCUUGCCAACUGCUACAGGUUCCCUGAUCCCAUCACCGGAACGAUAAAUCGCGCAUACAUUGACGCGGUUAGAUCAUAUUUAGGUCCUAAGCAUGUGUUCUUCUGUGGCUGUGCUCAGUACGUAAACCUAUGGGGAACGCUGGUGGGCUACACUAUCACGGCCAGUACAAGCAUGAUCGCGGUGAAGCGGGCCAACUGCUUCCACCGAAACGGGCACAGCGCGAGGUGUGAUGCGUCCGGCAACACGCUCAUGGUGGUGUUCGGCCUGUUCCAGCUGGUGCUGUCGCAGUUCCCGAGCUUGGAGAACAUCACGUGGCUGUCGGUUGUGGCGGUGGCCACCUCCUUCUGCUACUCCUUCAUCGGCCUCGGUCUGUGCGUCGGCAAAUGGGCGUCGCAUGGUGAGUUCAGAGGCACGUUGGGAGGCACCACCGCUGCCGCCCCCAGCCAGAAGGUGUUCGAUGUGCUGCUGGCGCUGGGGAACGUCGCGUUUGCUUACACCUUUGCGGAUGUCUUGAUCGAGAUCCAAGACACAUUGAAGUCACCUCCUCCCGAGAACAAGUCGAUGAAAAGGGCGACCUUCAGCGGAAUUGGGCUCACCACCGUCUUCUACCUCCUGCUCGGAUGCAUAGGCUAUGCUGCGUUCGGUAACGAUGCUCCUGGCAACAUUCUAACCGGGUUUGGAUUCUACGAGCCCUUCUGGCUCGUCGACAUCGCCAACAUCUGCGUCGUUGUCCAUCUCAUCGGGGCGUAUCAGGUCUACGCGCAGCCAAUCUUUGCGAGGUUCGAGGACUAUCUCGCGUUCCACUGGCCGGACAACAAGUUCAUCCACAGGACCUACUCGGUGCCGCUGCCGGUCAAGGAGGUGGGCUCGUGGAGCUUCACGCUGUCGAAGCUGGUCCUGAGAACCAUUUUCAUCAUGUUCACGACGCUGGUCGCCAUGUUGCUGCCCUUCUUCAACGCUGUGCUGGGACUCAUCGGUGCUCUGGGCUUCUGGCCACUGGCCGUUUACUUCCCUCUGGGCAUGCACAUGGCGCAGGAGAGGAUCAAACGAGGGGCACCCAAAUGGUUUCUGCUGCAGGGGCUCAGCUUCUUCUGUUUUCUCAUCUCCAUUGCUGCCAGCAUUGGCUCUGUGGCAGAUAUAGUGCACAAUCUCAAGGCAGCUGCUCCUUUCAAGACUUCAUACUAGUGUAGAAUGGUGAUGAAGCUACGUCUGAUCAGUACUGUCCUUUCUAUCCGAGCUUGUUCUGUGAGGGAAAGCAUGAUGAUGAUGAUGAUGAUGAUGAGCCAAUUCUGCUGCUUAGUAGAUCUGAAACAACAAUGCUUCUCAAUUUUAACCCAGAAA